AAACCACUUAUGGUGGGUUUAUACAAUCAUUAUCAUUAGUUCACUAACAUUAAGUAAUUAGUUCACUAUAAUUAAACUAAUAAUUAAUACCCACAUUGGUUUAUACAAUCAUUAAUGUCACUAAGAAAUACCCAAUAGGAAGGCAAACCGUGCGCAUGGUUUUUGUAGGUACAGUGUGAAACGUGUUUUACCAUAUUUACGUGUGAUUAUUCAACCUCACUUUUUUUAUAAUAAUAUUAUUUGGAAUUUCGAUAGUUUUUGGAUUGUGUUGUGUUAUGAUGGACGACGACGAAGUGUUUGCAGCUUUUUUAUUGCUGACUACAGCCGCGAUGCUCUAUUUAAAACGUAAAAAAAGAGUACGCAGGUACAAAGUGCGACCUAUUAAUCGCAACAGAAUAGUACAUGGACAAUUUCAUAAACGUGUAAGACGUAUGCGAGAAAUGGACCAUGAACAAUACUUUAAAUAUACAAGAAUGACACCGGCAGUAUUUGAUAAUUUGUUAAGCAUUGUUGGACCACAUCUGCAGAGACACAAGAAAAAAUCACAUAUUUCUCCAGCUGAGCGACUAACCUUAACAUUACAUUAUCUGGCCGAAGGAUGCUCUAUGCAAGAGAUUGCAACAAAUUUUUACAUGGGGAAAACGACUGUUCAUAUCAUAAUUAAGCAAACAUGCUCAGUUUUAUGGGAUGUGUUGUCACCCAUACAUUUAAAACCGCCAACUGGAACUGAAUUUGUAAAGAUUUCCAAAGGUUUUUAUCAAAGGUGGAACAUGCCUAAUUGCCUUGGUGCUUUAGAUGGCAAGCACAUUCAAAUUCAAGCUCCUGCACAUAGUGGCAGUGAUUUUUUUAAUUAUAAAAAAACUAGCAGUAUUGUUUUAAUGGCAGCAUGUGAUGCUUUUUACCGUUUUACGUUGGUUGAUGUUGGUGGUUAUGGCUCACAACAUGAUAGCAUUGUAUUCUCAGAAUCUGCAUUUGGUCAAGCCAUUUUAAAAAAUCAAAACGAUGUUCUUGAUUUACCCGAUGCUAAACAACUACCUGGAACUUCAGUUUCAUUACCUUUUUUUUUUGUGGCAGAUCAGGCUUUUCCACUGCAUAAACGUAUUAUGCGACCCUAUCCAGGGGAACGACUAGGGGAAAAUAAAGAAAUAUUUAACUACAGGUUGUCCCGUGCUCGACGAACGAUUGAAAAUACAUUCGGUAUCCUGUCAGCACGUUGGAGAAUCUUUCGGCGACCGAUUGUCGCUAAUGUGACAACCUGUGAGGCUAUUGUUAAGGCAUGUGUUGUUCUUCACAAUUUCCUCCAAGUUAAAGAAGAGGACAUACCAAUGGGUAGCAGAAAGUAUUGUCCUACUGGAUUUGGAGACGAGGUAGAUAUAAAUGGGGGCCUGCGUCCGGGACAAUGGCGCAAUGAAUCAAACAUGUUACGUCCAGUUGGUCGGCUUGGUUCUAAUUUUUCAACCCGGAUUGUACGGCAAAAUCGAGAAUUAUUAACCGCCUACUUUGCCAGUGCACAAGGAAAAGUAAGCUGGCAAUAUGACCAUAUUGCAGAAGGCUCUCUGCCAAGUUAAAAUUGAACAAAUUAUACUAACAUUUUAUAUGCAUGCAUUGUAUUUUUUCUUAAUAUUGUUCCAUAUAAAUAUAUAUAGAAAUAAACCUAUGGUACUAAAAUACUUAUAUAUACAUCGA